AUGUCGUAUAUCCAGGUCGAAUGGAUGACUGCCCAGGAUACUGGCAUGGAAGGCUAUCUGGUACUUGGCGUCACCACCCGUCUGGCCAUAUACGACUAUACCUGCGCGAUUCCACGAAAUAUCUCCGACGACGACUUCGACGAUCCUACAACAGAGCUCCCACCUUCAGAAGCUUUGGAGGAAGCAACAGAGGCUUCUUACACAAUAGUCAAAGGAAGACUCAUACUUGUUCUUGGGGGUAUCAUUGAACUUAUAGGAUCUCGUACUAAAAUCCGGCGCGAGGACCUUGAAAAACACGGCGAGGCCCGUUUAGAAGCCAGAGAGCUGAUACCUCGGUAUCUCCCUGUCCAACCAUUUACCCCCACGGCCAGCGACACAGCAACUGCGAAACUACAACGAUCACGCAUCGAUGUUGACAGCGUGUAUCAUCUAGGCCGCUGUCUCCUGUUUAGGAAAUUUGUACCACAAGCUCGUCGCUACCCAGCAGCGAUCGAAUACCGUGAUAACUGCAUAGACGCAGCCAUGAUCUUGCUAAGCCAUCAAGCUGCACUAGCCUUGGACCACGGUGCUACCUGUCCGCGAAAUGUCCAGAAACGACACUUUCACAGGCUAACGACGCACGAUUUCUUCCUUGCUGCGAUUAUAGUCGCGGUGGAUUUAUAUGCGGAAGUUUAA